UUGUGUUCAUCAAAAACUUUCACUUAUUAACACAGUGCAACUACUUUUUUCCGUAUUUAAUUUAGACCAAAACUUCAUUCGCAUUCAUGUGUAUAGCAAUCACUUCAAGAGAAGAAAAUCUUUUCUUAUUCUCGGUGUUUUAUUUUCAUUUUGGACUAUAAUAUUAAAUACGUUAAAAAAGAUGAGCUUGUCUUCGAGUCCUAACAUUGAGAGCUUUUCAGACCCUACUGUGGUCUAAAUAUUGUGUUAAGAGUAAGGAAGAUACAGCCAAACAUAUAAAGUAAAUAUCAAAGCAUCUUAUAGUUAUGUAGACAACAUGGUACUGAAAAUAGCAAUAAUCAACCAUUUCUUAUGGCUGUCACUGAGCAUCACUACAGUUAUUAGCAAUGACAAGUCCUACAAAAUAAAUGACAACCUGGAGUCAGAAAUGUUAAAUAAUUACAACCAGAACCACUACCUCGUGUUCACUGACACAACCGGAAGCAGACGACAUCGUAUAUGUAUAAUAAAUGGGGAAGAAGAAGACGAUUUGACCUUGACACUUCAAAACGUAUGGAGCACAAUGUGUAAUGACGACGAUGAGCAUAUUACUUUAGGGAGAAGCGUACAUCAUUGUGACAGAACACUGAGUUCUCUGAACAUAACAUUCAAGACAAAACAAUUCAAGAUAGAGAUUUAUAGAAGAUCAAGUAUUUUCCAGAUCGAAGUCAUAGUAGCUAGUGAUAAGAAACUGCAUUGCUAUGCUGGUACUCAAGAUUUUUACACUGAAAAAGACGAAAACAACAAUAUUAUAAUCUACAUAGUAAUACCAUCCUGCAUGUUUGUUUUCUUUCUACUUGUGGCUGUGUACAGCUGUUAUCGAUUUAUGCAUUCUAAAUCACGUCCAGAGCCAAUGCCGCAAAAUGAAUAUAACCCUCCAGAGAACAACAGAGACACUCAUCACUAUGACAAACCUUCCACAAAUUGUCAUCUCCCCACUGACUAUUUGGAUGUCAUAUAGGAGAACUCAGAUUAAUUGUUGCUACAGCGUGAACUAGCUCUACUCAAGCUUACUAAACCAAGAAAAUACAAAAAUAUAAACCCCCUUUAACCUACAAA